AAUGUUUCCAUGAAAGAGAUGAGGAUAUUGAAUGAAAAAAGGUACACUUAUUGUUUGGAAGGUACAUAUUGCUAAUAAAAUAUUGUAUUAUAUAAUUUUCUUUGGUAUAAUAUAUAAAAACAAAUUAAAAUGUCAACCGAUAUGUUAGAAAUGUUAAAAGAACCAAGAAUGAUAAAAGUAUGUGCACCAAUGGUCAGAUACAGCAAACUGCAAUUUAGGACAUUAGUAAGGAAUUAUGAUUGCGACAUAUGUUUUACACCUAUGAUCUUAGCUGAUUCGUUUAUACGAUCCGAUAAAGCCAGGGAUAAUGAAUUUUCAACCAAUAAUGAAGAUAAACCAUUAGUUGUUCAAUUUGCCGCAAAAACUGUGAAUGAUUUUGUUAAUGCAGCAGAAAUGGUUGCCCCAUAUUGUAAUGGUGUUGAUCUAAAUUGCGGCUGCCCUCAACGUUGGGCAAUAAAAGAAGGAUAUGGAGCUGAUAUGCUUAAGAAACCACAUCUUGUAAAAGACCUAAUAUAUCAAAUUCGAUCUUUCGCACCCAGUCAAAGAGGAAAGCGUCCAUUACUCUCUGAUGUAUCCAAUAAUACAUCUUUUUCUCCAAUUGUGCCGCAAGUACAUCAGGCAAAGAAAAAGGUUUGCCGUAAUAUCAGAGAUGUAAAAAUACCAGAAUGUAAAGCUAUUGCUCUUACAGCUGAUGAUGUUCAAGCGACGCAGGAAGUAAUUUCUGAACAUGAAGAAAAAGUGAAGAAGCUUCUUAGUAAACCAUUCAAGAUACCAAUCCCUGGUUAUCAGCUGUCAGGUCGUGCAUUAGGUACGCAUCUGUCUGGUCCUCGCAGACCGUUACAUGAUCCUGAUGAAGCUAAUGCACUUAUUGUUUAUUCACCACCUAAAUUAUCCGAACACGAUAGACUGAAGUUAGAUCAAUCUAAACAGCUUGUACAUGUCGUGGUAGAUCCUUUAUUAUGUAAUAUUUUAAGACCUCACCAAAGGGAAGGUGUUAAGUUUAUGUAUGAAUGUGUAACAGGAAAACGUAUAGAAGGUGCUUAUGGAUGUAUUAUGGCAGAUGAAAUGGGUCUUGGGAAAACUUUACAAUGCAUAACUCUUUUAUGGACUUUAUUAAAACAAGGACCCGAAGCUAAACCACUUAUAGAGAAGGCUAUUAUUGUUGCACCAAGUUCUUUAGUUAAAAAUUGGUACAACGAGAUUUUUAAGUGGUUAAAAAAUAGAGUACAACCGUUAGCCAUUGAUGGUGGAAAUAAAGCAGAUAUUGAUGUAAAACUUACAGGUUUCAUGAAAACUUACGGUCGUAGGUGCGCUAAUCCUAUUUUAAUAGUGAGCUAUGAAACUUUUCGUUUACAUGCACAUGUUCUCCACCAAGAUGAAGUAGGACUCGUACUAUGUGACGAAGGUCAUCGUUUAAAAAACUCAGAGAAUCAAACAUAUCAAGCGCUUAUAAAUUUGAAGGCUAAAAGAAGAGUGUUACUUAGCGGAACGCCUAUCCAAAAUGAUCUUUUAGAAUAUUUUUCUCUUGUACAUUUUGUCAAUCAAGGAUUAUUAGGAACUGCACAGGAAUUCCGAAAACAAUUUGAAAUACCAAUUUUACGAGGGCAAGAUGCAGCUGCAACGGACGCUGAACGCAAUCUUGCUCAAGAACGUUUAUCAAAAUUAAUAACUAUUGUUAAUAAAUGCCUCAUUAGACGUACUAGCGCUUUACUUUCUAAAUAUUUACCAUUGAAACACGAGCUUGUAGUUUGUAUAAAAAUGGGGAAAUUACAGACUGAUCUUUAUAAAAGUUUUAUACAAAGCGAUAGUAUAAAAAAAUCAAUGGAAGAGGAUUCUGAAGGUUCUAAAAAAGGAAGCAGUCUUUCUGCAAUCACGCUUUUGAAAAAGUUGUGCAAUCAUCCUGAUUUAGUUUAUGAUAAAAUAUUGAAAAAAACCGAAGGAUUUGAAAAUGCUGCAAGCUUGUUGCCAUCGAAUUAUAGUACCAAAGAAAUUUUACCCGAAUUAUCCGGAAAAUUAAUGGUAUUAGAUUGUCUUUUGGCAUCUAUCAAGACAACAACAAAUGAUAAAAUUGUAUUGGUAUCGAAUUAUACACAAACUCUUGACCUCUUCGAAAAACUGUGUCAUAAACGGUGCUAUAAUUACGUUAGACUCGAUGGUACAAUGACUAUCAAAAAAAGGGCGAAAGUAGUAGAAAAGUUUAACAACCAAGACAGCAAUGACUUUAUUUUCAUGCUUAGUUCUAAAGCUGGUGGUUGUGGAUUAAAUCUUAUUGGUGCAAAUCGUCUAGUGAUGUUUGAUCCAGAUUGGAAUCCAGCAAAUGAUGAUCAAGCUAUGGCCAGAGUGUGGAGAGAUGGCCAAAAAAAGCCAUGUUUUGUAUACCGUUUUCUUUGUACUGGUACUAUCGAAGAAAAGAUUUUUCAAAGACAAGCACAUAAAAAGGCCUUAAGUUCAACGGUCGUUGAUCAAGAAGAAGACGUUGCAAGACAUUUUACGUUAAACGAUUUGCGAGAUUUGUUUAAAUUGGAAGAAGAUACGAUAUCAGAUACUCAUGCAAAAUUCAAAUGCAAAAGGUGCAUUAAUGGUAUAGAAGUGACAGGACCACCCGAGCAAUCGGAUUGCAAUUCUGAUUUGUCAGAUUGGAGGCACGCUCAUAAUCCCCGAACUUUGCCAGAUUUAUCACUACGGCAAUGUUGGUCAAGUGGAAUUUCUUUUGUUUUUCAUAAUCGUUCACACGACAAGUAAAAUAAAAUUACAAGUUUUUCUUAUUUUUUCUGUUUACACCGGCACACGAUUCUAUGCAAAAGUUAUUGAAAUGUCCAUUUAAUGCAUAGAAUAUUUAUAAACUAAUUUGCAACCUAAGAAAAGUAUAUCCUUAAACGAAAGCCUUAAAUCCGUUCAAUGUUAAUAUUUGAACCAAUGUUGUUUUGUAAAAAUACGUAACUGUAAUUUAUUGUAAGUAUUAUGUAGUUUUAAAGGAAAGAUCGAACAGUAUGAAAUUUGCACAUACAU